AUGGCCACCAAAGUCCCCAACAACUCACCAAACCUCCUCCCUACCCGUCCCAUUUGCCCCGAAGUCCAAUUCGUGGACAAAGCUCCCGCAGACGCCUCUGAAAUUCUCUCAACAAUCAACAGCAAGCAGACCGAGGACAACAAAUUGGAAGGCAUCAUUCUUUACAUCUGCAAAAACCGUCCGAACUGCAAGGGCAUGGGGCUAUGGGCCGUCUGCUGGGUGAAAAAGCCAAAACGUCCCAAACACUUGAAGGUCAGGAAGUAUAAGGAGCUGGCUGUGGCGAAGGUGUGUGCCGACUGUGAGUUCGCGGAAUGGGAGCUUGUUGACAAGGCCGAGAGCGAGGGCAAGGGUAAGGACGAGGCUGAAGACUGGGUUGGCGUUUGA